AUGCUCCGCCUGACCACGAUCACGGUUUUUCUGACCUGUGGCAUCGCUUCUGGGUCGGAGUGCUUGGACUGUGCUGGAGAUGAAAUUCAGCUGGUGCAGUUGAAGGAGGUGCACAGCCACCAAGUUGGCAAGAGCAACGCCAACGCAGCCACGCAGGAGGUGGAGUUGGAAGGAUCCGAAAAUGAUCCUCCUCUUUACUGCAGGGACGCAGAGCCACAGUCACCUCGAGACGUGAGCUCGGGGUUUGUGGGUGACAUGCGGGCGCGGAUGAAGCCGCUGGAUGGCGAUGCCAUCAAGGACUUUACUCAGGUAAACCUCCAUUGGCACCUGGGCGCCGAGCACUACAGCAAGGGCGAGUACGACAUCCCUGUCGGAAAGCAUCUCCAUUACCGUCAUGGUGUGCCGGAAUGGGAUGGCCACCCCCUCGUGCCAGAGGGUACGCAGCCGGGCUUCUUCUGCAACCUCAGGCACUACGAUGACUACCUCAAGCCGUACGAUUUCCAAUACUGCAAGCACGCCAAGGUCGGCUACACCUACGAAUUCCACUGGGUCUUCUCCUCCGCAGGGCCACUCGAGAGGGAGUUCCGGAUCUUCAACGGUUUGGGGCAAGCCUUUAAUCGCUCGAAGAACCCGACGGCCAUCGUCCGCGGACAGGUAUGUCGCAUCAUCAACGAUGAGCGCCUGAGGACGGAGGAUCAAAUCGAGGAAGAUUACAACAACUUCAUCGAGCAAUGGCGAGAGCCCUACCUGGGAGAUGCCGUUCGGUAUGUCGGCUCCACUACCGGGCCCUCCUAUAACAACGAGGUUUGCUCGCCGCUCCAGGUCAACUGGCACGUGGACACGAAGUGUUGCACACUCACUGCGCAGACAAUGGACAGGACCUGCCAAAGAAUGGCAGAGCUGGGCCUUACGACGGACUUGGCUCCACAUGGGUCACGAGAAUUGGUGGAUAGGGCGUACUCAUCUGUUGUGGCCUACCCUCUGAACGACGAGGACAUGCGCCACUGA